UUGCAGUGAUUUUUCACGUAGCAAUGCAGCAUUCGAAGAGUUUGCAUGUGUGUGUGAGAGAGAGAGAGGAACCCAUGUAGUUAGUGGAGAGCAAAUCCAAAUGCUGGUGGCUCUGGUGUCAUUGUAGCUAUAUUUGUUUAUGUUUUUUGUUUUUUUGUUUUUUUUUUUGUUUUUGUCUUUCUCUCUUCUCUUGAUUUUUUGUUUCCCUCGCAGUUGUAAUGUCUUGUUUUCCAGCAAUGGUUAACAAGCUUGUUUCAGUUUGUGUGGAUAUGUGCACCUUCUAACUUGUGGCUACAGAGAGAAUUGAGGCAUAGUGGAACAGGACAUUUUAGGACGGUCAUGCGAGGCUAUGACCUGCUACCCAAAGUUUUCAAUAAGAAAAUUAGGGCUUCAAAAUGUUCCUGGGCGUGCGGAGAAUGUUGUUGGAGAGUUCUGGGAGACCCAAACUAAUGCGACAGGGGACUCGCUGGAUGUCAAAAACAGUGGACAUGAAGGAGAGAUUGGCUGAAUUAAUCCCGAAAGAACAGGACCGUUUGAAGAAGAUUAAGAAAGAUUAUGGCAAGAUAUCUCUCGGAGACACCACUGUCGACAUGUGCAUUGGCGGCAUGCGUGGCAUCAAAGGCAUGCUAUGGGAGACAUCCUUGCUCGACGCUGAUGAGGGUAUUCGGUUCAGGGGACUCUCCAUUCCUGAAUGCCAGAAGAAGUUGCCGGCAGCAAUUAGUGGAGGCGAGCCUUUGCCCGAAGGCUUAUUGUGGCUUUUAGUUACUGGCGAGGUACCUACAAAGGAACAAGUUGCUGGGUUGACCAAGGAUUUUCGGAAGCGGUCUAAGGUUCCAGGAUUUGUGUUUGACGUUUUGAAUAAAUUUCCUACCACUGCACAUCCCAUGUCCCAGCUUUCUGCUGGUAUUAUGGCUCUCCAGACCCAGAGCCAAUUUGCGAAGGCUUAUGAAGAAGGGAUUCAUAAAAGCAAAUACUGGCAGCCAGUAUACGAAGAUUCCAUGAAUUUGAUGGCUCAGUUACCAGAGGUUGCGGCUUUCAUAUACCGUAGAGUUUACAAAGGAGGAAAGACCAUACCUCCAGAUCCAAAGUUGGACUAUGCUGCCAAUUAUGCGCACAUGCUGGGUUUUACAGACAAGAAAUUUCAUGAGCUUAUGCGACUUUACAUAACCAUUCACAGUGAUCAUGAGGGUGGCAAUGUAAGUGCUCAUACUGUGCAUCUGGUGGGAAGUGCACUUUCUGACCCCUACCUAUCGGUUGCAGCUGGAAUGAACGGGCUAGCUGGUCCGCUCCAUGGACUUGCAAAUCAGCUUCGGCCUCAGCUGAUGAAGGUUAUGAUUGUUAGUGCCCAGGAGGUACUGAGAUGGAUACAAGAUGUUGUGAAAGAGGUCGGAGCUGAUGUUACCACAGAGCAACUAAAGGAGUUUGUAUGGAAGACCUUGAAGAGCGGUAAGGUGGUGCCUGGUUACGGGCAUGCAGUGCUGCGGAAAACGGAUCCCCGAUACCAGUGUCAGCGUGAAUUUGCGCUUAAGCAUCUACCAGAUGAUCCAUUGUUCAAAAUGGUAUCAAAGAUAUACGAAGUUGUACCACCAAUACUCUUGGAAACUGGAAAGGUAAAAAACCCAUGGCCGAAUGUAGAUGCUCAUAGUGGAGUAUUGCUUCAACACUAUGGUCUGAAAGAACAGAACUACUAUACUGUACUGUUUGGAAUAUCUCGAACUAUGGGUGUCCUUUCACAACUCAUUUGGGAUCGAGCAUUAGGUUUGCCACUUGAGAGGCCCAAGAGUUUAACCUUUGGCUGGAUUGAGAAUUAUUGCAAGGGAAAAGGUCAAAUGAAGAAAAAGUAGUAAGAGUAGCAAUUAAGAAAAAAUCAUGAGCCUUCACAAGUAUAAAUGAGGCAUUGACAUUGGUCCAACACCUCACCAAAAAUUUACCACUUCAAAGCUCAAUUCAUUCCUCCAAAAGCCAAUCUUCAAAUGCUUAUUGCAUUCCUGAUUUUUGAAGUGAAGACUUAUUGCAGUUUCAUGGCAUUGAUGUUCUUGGGAUUUAUUCACCAACGUUUUUUUGAAGUAAUGAGAAAUAUGAAAAAGAAGAAGAAAAGGGGGACAAAAAUGAUUUGUUUUGUGAAAAAAAAUGAAGGAUCCAUAAAGAUAUGAGCUGUUUAAAGUAUGAUUGUUAGUUGAUUGCAAUCGAAUGAGUUUGAUUUGAUGUUUUUGAAGUAAAUACAAAUAUUUCGUAGAUA